CGGCUUAAUUCGAAGUCGGUUGUCGUCGGUUCAAGAUCGAGAGUCGGUGUCGUUUCUCUGUAUUUGUGAAUUCCCUUAAAGGAAUUGCUGUGAAUUAAUCCGUGGUGAUAAGGCUAACCCAAAGGGGGCCGAAAUAAUCGAAAAAAUGGCGAGAUGGAAUGGAAUCCUUAUCAGUGCCCUCUUACUAGUGGGUACAAUCAAUGCCGAUGGUAGCUGCAAAAAAGGAUGCCCCCGAUCUGACAAUGGAAUGUUGAAAUAUACCAGCGGAAACUUUUACGAGUAUGGAUUUGAGAGCAUCUUAACGGUUGGCUUAAGCUCCGGCGUAGUGAGCGAAGCAGAUGACACGAGUCUCAAGGUCAGCGGAUCGGCGAAGGUCUUUGCGAGUGGAAACUGUGGCUACACGUUGCAAGUUGGCGCAGUGAAGGUCAUCAACACGAAGGAGUCGGUUGAGAAGAAGCUGGUGACAAAUAUCCAAAAGCCGGUGCACUUUACCUGGGUCAGUGGUCAGUUGGAGCCAGAGAUUUGUGUGGAUGGCAGUGACUCGGAAUACUCGCUGAACAUUAAGCGCGCCAUCAUAUCGCUGUUACAAUCGGGAUCCGGAUCAGAGGGGGAGAGAGAAGUGGACGUCUUUGGACAAUGUCCGACCCACGUAUCGAGCUCAAAGUCCGGCAAUGGCGAGACCAUCACGAAAGUGCGUAAUCUGAACAAUUGCGCCCAUCGCGAGCAUGUCAACAAUGGCUUGCUGUCUGGCGUUAUCAAUGAUAAGGCCGGGGUCACCUCCACUGCGCUACUGCAAUCCGAUUACAGCAAGGAGUCGAGAAUCGAGCGAGGUGUCGUUGAGCGUGUCCAACUCGAGGAGCUUUACAGGUUCGCUGGCAGUGCGAAGGGUAACUCAGAUAUUAGUGCCAAGGUCCUGACCACACUCAAGCUGAAGAAUGGUGCGAGUGGAACGCCUGCAGCUGCUCCAGCCACUGGCAAUCAUGGAGUUAGCAUCAUUUUCCAAAAAUCCGACACAUAUGCAACCAAAAAUAUUGCUGCUCUGAAGACGGCGCUCUCUGAAUUGGUGGACUUAACCAGCGGCUAUGUGAAGAAGGAUACCGCCAAGAAGUUUAUUGAACUGAUACGACUGCUUCGCCAUUCGGAUAUGGAUACAUUAUUGGAAUUGUCGGCUGUGCCGCAUCCCAAUAAGGUCCUGGCCCGCAAGGUCUAUCUCGAUGCCCUAUUCCGGACAAAUACCGCCGAAUCGGCUAGAGCGAUUCUAAGGCAGCUCAGUAGGUUCGAGGAGACGGAGAAACUGCUGGCCAUAUUAUCGCUGAACAUGGUCGAAUCGGUGGACAGAGAUACCCUCAAUCAGGCAGCUUCCCAGCUGUUGCCCCAAACCCCAAAGGAGAUCUAUUUGGUUGUUGGCAGUCUUAUCUCCAAGUACUGCGCCCGCAACGGCGCCUGUCAAGCCGAUAUUGAGCCCAUUGCCAAGAAGUUUGUAGAUAGCCUGAAGCACUGCAAGCCCAACACCAAGCAGGACGAGGAUCGCAUUGUCAACGUGCUGAAGGGCGUGGGAAAUGCUCACUUUUUGGUCAAUAACAACAACAUCAUUGCCGCCUUGACUGAGUGCGUCUCGCCCGGCCGUUCAAAUCGCAUUCGUGUGGCUGCUUUGCAGGCCUUUUCAUCCUCCUCCUCCAGCUGCAAUGGAGCAUUGAGCGCAAAGUCCCUUGAGCUGUUGAAGGAUCACAAUGAAGAUUCCGAGCUGCGCAUCGAGGCAUAUUUGGCGGCCAUCAAUUGCCCAACUGCCGAGCUGGCUAAUCAAAUAUCGGAGAUUGUCAACUCGGAAGAGGUCUACCAAGUGGGCGGCUUUAUCGAGUCCAGUUUGAAGACCAUUCGCGACUCUACAGAUGCGGCCCGAGACCUACAGCGUUACCAUCUCAAGAAUAUACGUGUGACCAAGCAAUUUCCUAAGGAUUACAGACGCUACAGUUUCAACAGUGGCCUCUCCUACCGACUGGACGCAUUGGGUCUGAGUGCUAGCACGGAUUCUAAGCUCAUCUAUUCGCAGCACGGAUUCCUACCACGAUCGGCACGUCUGAAUGUCUCCGCUGAGAUCUUUGGCACCAAUUUCAAUGUAUUUGAGGCGAGCGUGCGACAGGAGAAUCUGGAGAAUUUGCUCGAGUACUAUGUGGGACCCAAGGGACUGCUCAACAAGGACUUUGAUGAGAUUGUCAAGCUGAUUGAGGCAGGAGGUGCUGUUGGUGCUGGCGGUGCUGGCGGUGCUGCUGGUCGACAUAGACGUUCCAUCGCCGAUGAUGCGACCAAAACGGCCAAGAAGUACAAGACCUAUGGCAGUAAGAGUACACAAGAUCUUAACUUGGAUUUGUCAUUGAAACUGUUUGGAUCGGAGCUAAGUUUCCUGAGUCUGGGUGAUAACAUACCAGGCACUUUGGAUGAAAUUAUCAAGCAUUUCUCGGACGCAUUCGACAAGGUCAAAAAGGAGUUGUCGUCCUUUGAGAAGCAAUUCAACUUUCAUCAUCUGUUCCUCGAUGUGGAACUGAGCUAUCCCACUGGAUUGGGUGUGCCAUUGGAAUUUGGAGCACAAGGAUUUGCCUCAAAUCAAAUCGAUUUUGCCGUUAAUGUCGAUGUCAAUGAUAUUCUCGAGCAGAAUUGGCAGAGAUCCAAAUAUCGUUUGAAAUUCGUGCCCAGCAUUGAUGUGAAUGUGAAUGCGCAGCUUGGAUUUAACACCCAGGUCCUGGCCACAGGACUUCGUGUCGUAAGCACCGCACAUUCCGCAACUGGUAGUGAUGUGACCGUUUCUCUGAUCAAUAAUGGUGAAGGAUUCAAUGUUGAUGUGGACAUGCCACGCGAACGUCUGGAACUGGUCGAUGUUCAGCUCAAUGCCGAGUUUUUCGUUGCCGAGAAUGACAAGCAAUUGAAAGCGGUACCACUCAAGUCAUCCAAGAAGCACAAAUCUACAGGAUCGUCGGACAAGCACGAGCUCUGUUUCAAUCAACUGGAGAUUGUUGGCGUCAAUAUUUGUUUGGAGAGCUCGACAACUCUGCAGGAUAUUUCAGCCGUAAAUAGCCAAGGACUAGCUCAUGUCGAUGACUUCCAUCUGUCGAAACCGUUCAAAAUCGCCGUCUACACGACCGUCGAGCGUAAAUUCAACUUUAAGGGCACCCAUUCGAAACUACCCUCGGGUAGUCAGCAGUGGAAACUCGAGUACAGCACGCCCGGGUCGAAGGUCUCCCAUGAUACGAGUGUUGCCGUUGAACUGGGCACUAAUCCAAAGACCUACGGACGUCUCUCCCUUGAUAACCCGCAAUAUCAUCUAGCUAUCGAGGCCGGCAUAUCCAAUGACAGUCACGAGCUCGUCGUCUACGGCCAGCUGGAGCAGGAUAAGGAUGUGAAGAGGAGCAAAAUUGGGUUUGCUAAGAAUGGCAACGAGUACAAGCCGCUGAUUGAGAUCCACGAUAAGAACGGCGUCACAAACAACAUCAAUGGCUAUCGGGCUGAUGGCAAAAUUGUGGUACAGAAAUCGAGCGAAAAGCAGGCACGAUACAAUUUCCAAAACUUCCAAAUCUUGUCACCCAGCAAUGGACGUGUUGUGCUCAAUGGUUGGGCAGAUGUUGGACCCGCUUCUCUGAAUACUGAACUCCAUAUUGCACCUGGACAGCAAUCGUUUUUGGUUAAGGGUCACUUCAAAGUGGACAAUGGUCAAUAUGCAGCCGGUCUGUUUGUCAAUGAUGAACAUGCCGCUGAGAAUGUCUACGGCACUUCAGCUCAAUUGACGGUCGGCAAAAAUCUGUAUGCUCUUGAGUGGACUGGCAAGGCGAUGACAUAUUCGGCAAAGAGUGUGACGAACUUUGAGUUUGUCAAGGGCGACAAGUCGAAUAGCCUGACAUCGUCCAAGUUCUCACAUGAAUUGAGUGUCGACAAUAAGAACAAGAAUGUUGCCACUCUGAAGCUCAAGUCCAACGUUGAUGUCAACAAGUUCCAGUUCGAUUUGGAGGCUGUUCGUGAUCAAAAUACGGCAUCAGUCAAUAUUAAAUAUCAAUCGAAUCAGCGAUCAGUGCGUGACUAUGAAUUGGAGGCCAAAGCGAAGCUGAAUAAACACUCGAUCGAUAUCAAUUCCAAGUGCGAUGCCAGUGGCAAUCAUUUGCAGGUGGAGCACAGUCUGAGCGCAUCCUGCGGCACGGUUCUAACGGCCAAGGGUAGUCUGGGACAGCGCUAUACGGCCCAGGAUGUUUUCAUCGAUCUGCAGGGAAGUGCCCAGUUCUUUGGCAAGGAUAAGCCCAUGCAAUGGAUCCUUAAAGUCAUUGGUACACCAGAGAAGACCACCGGUGACUUCCGUGUCAAUCAAAACAAUGCGGAACUCGUCAAAUUGACAACGGAAUCACAGCAUCCAUUGGAUAAGAUCUCAGCGGCAAAGGUAAAUCUGGUACUUAAGAAUCAACUGAAUGCCAAGGGUGAAUUCAAGGUGGCCAAAAACGGGAAGGGGGAAAUCACCGCCACCAUUGAGACACUGAAAACGGAUCCCAAGCAUAAGAUCGAACUCGAUACCAAAUUCCACGUGCUGGCUCCCAAAUACGAUGUGGACGUAAGUGUAACCAUUGAUGGCGAUAAGAAGUUGCAUCUGAAAACGGAAAACGUAGCCGAAAAAAUGAAAUUCACGACCAAGAAUGUCCUCGAUGCCGAUGGCAAAAAGAUUUCGUUUGAAGCGAAUGGAGCAUUAAAGGGAGAUUGGCGCAUCAAUGGCGAUAUUCAGGGAGGAUUCACAUUUACCGCACCCGAUGGACACAUCUUCGAUGGUAGCAUCAAUCGACAUGUCACCACAAAUGCCAAGACACACAUCACUCAAGGUACCGCCGAUCUGCAGCUCAAUCAACAACAGCCCGGAAAUGGCAAGAAGCGUUCCGUUGUCCUUAAAGGAAAACUGGACAAGAUGAAUUCGAAUACCAAGGAAUUAUCGGUCAACAGUCAACUGGUGGUCACUGCUUACGGUGGUGAAAAGGCCGAGGUCAGUUAUCAUGUCAAGAAUCUGCCAAAGGGUGCAAACAAAGCCCUCGAUCUAGGUCUAACCGUACAGGGUAACUUCCCAAAUCAAUUGCCCGUGGAGCUGUCCGUUAUGCUUGAUGAAUACAGUGCACAACAUGCGAUCGGACGCAUCUCUAGCAAGUUUGGUGAACGCCUCUCGGCGAACCUCAACGGCAAUUAUCAUGUGGGAGAGGCUAAUAAGCCAUGUACCUAUGAAGUACAGGCUAAUCUGCAAUUACCCGAGACCAAAUUCAAAACCUGGGAGCUAAGCAGUCAUGGUAAAGUAUUGAAACCCGUCGAGGGAGCUGCAAAUGGACCCCACAAUCUGGAAUUCCAGCUAAAUUCAAAGACCGGCGAUGGACAAUACACCAAGAUUAACACCGUCUGGAAGGGCACCCCCCAACAAGGUACCUACACCUUUGAUCUCCAGAAUAAUAAUCUGGCAAGCGCCGUGAAAUUCGAUGGCAGCUACCAGAACGAUCACCAGGAUGCACUCUCCACUGCGGAAGGAGUGGCAAGUGGCAAAUGGAAAUACGGAUUUAAUGGACAAUAUGGAGAGAAGUACGUCAAAACCAAUGGUGAUGUCAGUUUGGUUGACAGUGCGGCAGCAUUACACUUUAAACUCGAUACCAGCUUCGAGUCGGUGAAGAAUCUCGAGAUUCAGCUGCGCGCUCAAAAGGCAGCCGAGGACAGCUAUGCUCUCAGCGCGGAGCUAAAGAAUGCCGGCAAGUCGUAUAGUUUGGAGAGCAAACUGUUUGCCUCCGCACACAAGAAGGGAUUGGAUGUGCGUGCCAGUCCUGCAACCGGAGAACCCAUUGUAAUUGUGGGCAUCGUUGAGAUUCUAGGCGAGCGUAAGGCAAAACUCACUGUGGACAUCCAGCAAAUGGUCGAGUUCGACUUGAAACUGAAUGCGGAAGCAUCGUAUACGAGCAUUGAUGACUUUUACAUCCUUGGCAACUGGAACUCGAAGAAGUUGCAGUGGGAUAGCUAUGUCCUGGAUGUGAAAGCUCAGACCAAGAGCAUCAAGGUGAAUGUGAAGAAUGCAAAGGGUGCUAUCCUGUCGGGUACUGCCUCCUAUAGCCUGAAGAGGGAUCAAAACAAGUCCAUCAUUGAUGGACAAGGUCAGGUGCAGUACAAUGGUAAACCCGUCUCGGGCCGCUUUACACUAACCCGUCAACACUUUGCCCUGAGCACCGAUCAAGAAGUUGGCUUCUCCUAUACCUUAAAUGGUAACGUUGGACCCAAGAACGGUGUGACCACCCUGAAGGUGACCAACAAGGAGUUCAACCUGAAGCAAUCUCUCUGCGAGGAGAAGAAACAGUGUAUGAACAUUCAGCUGCAGUCGACGGUUACUCUCGAUGAGAAGCACUUGGAUCAUUCCGAGCACGCAGUUCUUGUUCUCGUCGAUGUCCGCGAAGUCGGUUAUCCCUACGAGCUCGAGCUUAAGUCAAAGAGCGUUCGUCAGGGCUUCAAAUUCGAAUAUAAUCUAGAUGGACACAUCUCUGGUAAUAAUCUCAAAUAUCUGGUCAAUGCAAAUGUUCUGCCCACGGGAUCAACCGUCAAAUUGACGCUACCAAAGCGACAGAUUUUGUUCGAGACCGUUCAAAAGUUGCCCUUAGGUGGCAAGAUCUUUGGUCACUAUGAACAAUCGGCGGCAUUCUAUAUCGAUAAACUGCAGCGACCCAAUGAUGUGGCCAGAGUAUCGGCUGUUCUCGAUAUAUCCGGUGUGGAGCAGGUCGCCUUCAAUUCCAAGGGUCAACUCAAGGUUGAGCACCCGACAAUGAGAGCAUUGACUGUUUCCGGCACCGUCGAUGCCAAUCGGGACAAACAGAUUGUGAAUAGCGAAUUCAUCUUUGACAUAUUCAGAACGCCAGAUCAGAAAGUGAUCGUCUCGAGUCAGCUACGUAAUACACAUCCAUCCAAGGGCUUCAAUAGCUUUAACAUCACAUCCAACGAGAAGAUUUAUUCAUCCGGUCUACAAUUCGAGUACGUGUUCAACACUCACACGGCUCUCAACACGGAUUCGAAGGAGUUCAGUGCUGGCACCGAAUUCCAGAUCAGUAGCCUGGACCUCAACGCUGGUGCCCUGAUCUUUGGCAACAAGGAUCGCGUCGAGUUAUCCGUGAAUGGCCUCAACGAGCAGAUCCUCCAUGUGACAGCUGAUUUCGAUACACAGAAGCGUUCAGCGAAAAUCAAUUCGAAAUUCCAAGUCUUUGGCCAAAAGCCUGUCGAAGUACACACCGAACUGCAGCCAAACUUGGCCAAGUUCUCAUUAAGUCGACAGAAUCUAGUUAAUGCCAAUGCCGAAUUCAAAUUGGGCAAAGAAUUUAAAUUCGAUGUCUCUGGCAAUGGCGGCAAAUCUCUAUCCAAUGGACGUGUUGCUCUCGAUGCAGCCAAUUUCCUUCAAACCACCUAUAAAAUCAACGACGAUGAGGUCAAAGCAUUCCAGAAUACCUUUGAAGCAGAAGUGAAGAAGGAAACCGAUGCUAUUACUGAGAAGUUGAAGAAACGUUUUGAAAAGGUUCGUGACGAUUUUGAUGAGAAGCUCAAGUUAGUUAAGAAGAGCGCUCCAGACUUUGAAAAAUUAAAGAACGGCUACGAAAAUCAAUUGAAAUCGAUUGUUAAGGAGCUUGAAAGCGAUCCCUCACUGGCAAAACUUUUUGAUAACAUCCGUGAUCUCGUUGAAAAGAUCAAUAAAUUUGUCGAUGAUGUCACAAAGACACUGUCGGAGAAUUACGAGAAAUUGCACAAGGCAUUCGAGGAGGUCUUUGAGAAGUUGCAAGAAUUGUGGAAGAACUCCAUAUUGAAGGCAUGGGAACAAUUGGUUGUCUCAAUGACCCAAGUAAUUGGACAACUUCGUGUGGAAAUUGUGAAUGCGUAUCAAAGGGCAUUCAAGGAUAUGAUCGAAUGGCUAGAGAAGUACGGGCCAGCAUUGAAGAACUAUGGAAAGGCAAUAAAUGAGACGCUCAAACCGGUGCAUGAAGCCGUUCAGGAGUUGAUUAAGUCAAUCGUCAAUCUCAGCGAAGAUGCAAUUAAUGAGAUUAAGGAAUAUAUAGCAAAAUUGCCGACAUUUGAAGCUGUACGUGAUGAAUUCACGGCGAAGAUUAAGCAAUGGAAAUUGGUUGAACAGACCUUGGAGUUGUUGAACAAUAUCUUCAACCAAUUGCACAUUCUGCCACAGACAACGGAAACUAGUGAAUUCCUGCAGAAGCUGCAUGAAUAUCUCGAUGCCAAGUUGAAGCAAACGCAGGUGAAUGACGAGAAAUGGCUGGAGGAUCUGUCCAAGCUGUUGAUCAAAUCGCUGCGUUCCAUUUGGUCAGCUAUUGAGGGCAAUACGGGAGCGUUGACCGGAUCUCCGGCUACAGAUCUUGAGAGCUGGACAUCCUAUCUGCCCAACUAUUUCGAUCAGCUGGCCCAGAUACCGACCGUAUUCUCGUUCCGUUCGAGUGUGAUCAACUUCAUAUUGAACGAGAACUGGGAGAGCCUAUUGGUGACCAAACAAGACCUGUACUCCUCCUGGCUGUACUCUGUGCUCUUCCAGAAGUUCGAGCUGCACGGCCAGCUGGUGAACGGCCAGCAUGUGUUCAGCUUCGAUGGACGGACCUUUGCCUAUCCCGGCAACUGCAAGUACAUCCUCGCCCAGGAUAGCGUCGAUAACAACUUUACGAUCUUUGGCCAGAUCACCGACGGCAAAUUGAAAUCCAUCACAUUGGUCGACAGGGACGGUAACUUUAUGGAGGUUAGCGAUACCACCGCCCUCAAGGUAAACAACAAACCCGUCGAGUAUCCGCAACACUUGCCCGGACUUCAUGCCUGGCGUGAAUUCCACACCGUAUCCCUGCACUCCGUGUACGGCGUGACAGUUGUCUGUACGACGGACUUGAAGGUGUGCCAGGUGAUGGUCAACGGCUUUUACACGAGCAAGACUCGCGGUCUGCUUGGCAACGGUAACGCCGAGCCCUAUGAUGACUACCUCCAGAUCGACGGAACCCUCGCCAAGGACUCGGCUGCCCUGGGCAAUGACUACGGCGUUGGCAAGUGCAAUCCGGUGGCUUUUAAUAAGGCCCAGUUGGAAAGCCAGAAUCGCAAUGAUAUAUGCAGUGAGAUCUUUGGCGUUGAAUCCUCAUUGGUGCUGAAUUACUUGGCAUUGGACUCCCGGCCGUACCGCAAGGCGUGCGACAUUGCCGUACAGGAUGCGGCUGAGAAGGAUAAGGAAUCCGUUGCCUGCACAUUCGCCCUGGCCUAUGGAACGGCUCUGAAGCACCAGAACAAGAUGGUAUUACUGCCGCAACGUUGUCUCAAAUGUGCCGGACCCGUGGGUCAACGUGAGCUAUACGAAGAGUUUACCGUGAAAACGCCAACGAACAAGGCGGAUGUUGUGUUUGUCGUGGAUGUGAAUGUUACACCCAAGGUGCUGUCCAAUCUUGUGGCACCGGCCAUAACCGAGAUUCGGGAUGCAUUGAAGAGCCGUGGAUUUAGCGAUGUUCAAGUCGGUGUCAUUGCCUUCGAUGAAACGAAACGUUAUCCGGCUCUCCUCACCAGCGACAAUGGCAAGAUCAACUUCAAGGGAAAUGUGGCAAAUGUUCAACUGAACGGACCCAAAACCUUCUGUGACAAUUGUGUCGAGCAAAUCAUCACCGAACAGCGAGUUCUCGACAUUUACAAAACUCUCGAGCGAUUCAUUAAGACCAUUGUGCCUCAGUCCGAUGAGAACGCCUUCCAACUGGCCCUCGAUUAUCCAUUCCGUGCCGGUGCAGCCAAGACCAUUAUUGGCGUUCGAAGUGACUCUCUCGACUACAGCAAUUGGUUGAAACUCGUCCGUGCUCAUAUCACAGGAUCAGUGACCCGGUUCGAUGGUGCGCUCCUCCAUUUAAUAGCACCUAUUAAGGGACUUGCUUUAGAGGGUGUAUCAGCUGAGAAACUAGUUGGAUUUAAUGCACGUUUAGUUGCGACUUUGGAUGGCAAGGAUAACAAGAAGCGACCCAAAUUGCAGUUUGAAAAUGAUAUGGGCAUUGAUUUUGUACUCAAUAAUGGAGGUUGGGCAUUCGCCACACAAAACUUUGACAAGUUAAAGGCCGCUGAUCAGAAGAAGGUACUUAACCAGGUCACAUCCUCCAUUGCCGACACACUCUUUAAGACCGAAACCGUCAGUGAUUGUCGCUGUAUGCCCGUUUCUGGAUUAUUUGGUCAACACAAGUGCGCCAUCAAGUCGUCCAGCUUUGUGCCAAAUAAGAAAACCAAGGCCGCGUAAAACCCAUCGAUUUCUAUAUUCGAUGAAAUGAAUAAUGGCAUUAUAUUUUAACUGCAUUUUUUAUCUAAGAAAACUUUAAUUCUCAGCUAAAUUAUUAAAACAGCUUACGAAUGAAACA